GCAGAGGAAAUCUAAAAUCUCAGCCUCUCGCAAGCUGAUGCUAAAGAGCUUGAUGGUAGCCAAGGCUAAGGAGGAUCUGGAGCAGGAAAUGGUAGAAAAAGAGGAGCAGAAGGAAAGGUACCUGGAAGAAAAAGCUCCUCCAGUACAGACGAGCAGCAUGUCCUUAGCAGAGCUACAGACAUUAUGUCAAGAGCUGCAUGCCAAAAUAGAUGUGGUGGACGAGGAGCGGUAUGAUAUUGAAGCCAAAGUCUUGCACAACACCAGAGAGAUCAAAGACCUAAACAUCAAGGUACUGGACCUGCGAGGGAAGUUUAAGAGGCCCAACCUGAGAAGGGUCAGGGUGUCUGCUGACGCCAUCCUGCGCUCCCUACUGGGCUCCAAACACAAGGUCUCUUUGGAUCUGCGAGCUAAUCUCAAAUCAGUCAAGAAGGAGGACACAGAAAAGGAGAAGACAGUGGAGGUGAGCGACUGGAGGAAGAAUGUGGAAGCCAUGUCAGGCAUGGAGGGCCGCAAGAAGAUGUUUGAUGCAGCAAAGGGCCCCAGCCAGUAGACAGGUGUUAACAAACAAACAACUGGCUUUCAUUUUAUGUCAAAUACAAUCACUUGUCAUGCAUAGCGUGUUGGCCAUCAGCACAAAACAUAAAUGCAUAAAAACUCAAACUCUUCACAAGGUCACAGAAAAUAUCUUAAUAUUUUAUAUCCAGUGUCUUUUUCCUCUAACACCCAAAUUUACAGUGUGUUUAGUUUCAUUGUCACUGAAAUAAACACAGCAUAUGCAAUCUCUCA